AUGUCACGGAAGAAUUCAAAGGUAUCUGCGAAAAGGCGUAUGAAUGUAAUAAAAACGGAGUACAUGAUAAAUAACAGGAAAAAAGAGCAAAGAAGAGAGGUAAAAAAACUGCAAAACCACGUUAAAGCACAGCUCCUCAAACUUUCAAUCUCCCACAAUCAAAAGGACGGCCUGGGUGAGAUUGAGAUGGCGGGGUCGAAAUUGAAGAAUCCAGGCGUUAAUUUUUCCAGGUCGGUCGACUCCUCAAGACCACUCAGGGCCAGAGAUAAAAAAAUCCUACAAGCCACUCUCAAACGUAAACGCAAACUACAACUCAAUCAACUCAACUAA